UACCUGCCGAAAGAAACAAAUCUGUUUAUAAUUUUGUCAUCGUUAAGUAAACGCGUAUUGUUUUUUGAAUAUUGCAACAUGGAAAUUUCCGGCAAUAAUCGCUAUGAGCUAUUAUCUAUGGAGGAUGAAUCGGUGGCCCCUGCUAUUCCACUUAAACAAAGCGCCGGAUCCGGCAAAAAUAAAAAAGACCAUUCUGUACAGUCAAACACUGUUAAGAAUGAAAAGGAAAAUAAGAUAAAUACGCUUAAUAAAAACAUUACAAAAAUUACAAAUGACAACAACGGCCCAAAAGGAAAUACUAUUUCGAAUGGUAUAAGAGAAUUGCGUACUAAAAAUGUUCGUAUGAACGGGUCAGAAAAGAUUCAUUCCAAUUUACCAGAGUACAAUAAUGAUCUUCCGCAAAGGCCUAUUAGAGAUCGGGAAAGUAAGGCUGCACGUUUCCGUGGUAAUGAAAAGUUUGGAAAGCGAGAAUUUGACCGUCAGUCAGGCUCGGAUAAAACGGGUAAAUAUCGCCUAUUUUUUGAAGGUUGAUACAUAUAUUUAUGG